AUGACAUCGCUACUGUCCAAGUUAUUCUUCCAAACACCUGUAAUAUCCGAUGGAGGAUUGGGAACUACGCUUGAAACUGACUUUAAUGUCAAUAUAUCUAAUACACCUUUGUGGUCCUCCAGAGCCGUCGUCGAACAGCCUGAUGUCAUGAUUCAAGCACACCUCGCAUUUUUCCGUGCAGGUGCGGAAGUCAUCCUCACGUCCACUUAUCAAUCUUCGUUCAGUACGUUUUACCGAGCUGGAUACCAGAAAGAAGAAGCAAUCGCAACCAUGCGUAAAUCUGUGCAGCUAGCUAACGAAGCUCGCGAGAUCUUCAAUAGUGAGCGACCUGCGGGCUCAUAUGGCGUCCGGAUUGGUCUUUCCUUGGGCGCAUUCGGUGCGAGUCUGGAAAUUGCGCACGAAUUUGACGGGUACUAUCCACCUCCAUAUGGACCUCGCGCAUACCAGAAAUCGGGAGAUAAUCUCAACUCGUAUAGUUCGGAUGAGAUUGAUCAGGAGCAGGCAUCCAUCGAUGCUCUUGCUUUAUUUCAUUUCGAGCGAGUUGAGGUCUUCUUGAACGACCCGGAAACUUGGGGCCAGAUCGAUUGCCUUGCUUUUGAAACCAUUCCCUUGCUUAGAGAGAUACGAGCGAUCAGGAAAGCUAUGGAGAGGGUAGAGGCUCGGAUAAAGUGGGACGGCCUCGAGUCAAAGCCGUGGUGGAUAGAGGCCGUGUUUCCUAAUGGCGUGUUUCCCGAAACGCCCAGAGCGGGAGGAACGCUCAGCGUUGGCGACGUUGUUGCUGCUGCGCUGGGAGAUGACGCUUUACCCACACCGUCUGGUUUUGGGAUCAACUGUACCGCCAUGGAGCAUGUACGGGCUCUAACACCCCAGGUCACCAGUGCUGUGAAGGAGCUCCAUCUAGUUCAGAAACCCUGGUUUGUGGUAUAUCCAAAUGGGGGCGACGUGUACGAUGCAGUGACGCAAACAUGGACGGUAAGUGACACAAAGACUGCGGCUGAAAAGCACGACGAAUGGGUACAGAAUAUGGAGAGUAUCGUGAAAGAUAUCGAAAGCGAAGCCCUAUGGGGAGGAAUAAUAGUUGGUGGAUGCUGCAGGACCAAUCAUGAAGAUGUCCAGAGAUUACGUUCCAAAUUCAGACUAGAGGCUUAA